UUCUGAUGAUCGUUCUCGAUGAUAUCGACUGAUUGGUUGUGUAUGGGUUGGGCCCGUAACCCUUCUCAACCCAAACAGCGUCUGUGAAGCUGCAGUACCGCCAGUCCCCUCCGUGUUCAUGGGAUGGCGUGCUUUCCAACCGGAACCCUGGCCUCUUGCGGUUUCACUCAUGCUACACAGAAAUGGCGGAGAAUACAGUCACGGUCACUGUUGCUUACGGUUCUACGAAGCACAGCAUCACGGUAACGGGGCUGGACGGGAACGAACCGAUACUGAAGGACCUUUCUGAUGCUCUGGUUCAGGUUACCGUCCCGAUGCCUGCACAGAAACUCAUCUUUAAAGGUAGAUCACUGAAGGAGAUGGAGAGUCUGUCCAGCUUUGGAAUCAAACAGGGAUGUAAACUCAUGAUGAUUGGAAAGAGGAACAGCCCAGAGGAGGAGUCUGAGCUGAAGAAGUUGAAGGACAUUGAGAAGUCAGUAGAACAGACGGCUAAGAAACUGGAGAAGGUGGAUGGAGAGCUGACAGGCCUGAAGAAUGGGUUCCUAGCUAAAGACCUGCAGGCUGAGGCGCUGGGGAGACUGGACCAAAGAGUGAAGGUGGCAUCUGAACAGUUCAUGAAGAUUCUAGAGCAGGUGGACUCUAUGACUUUACCAGAGAACUUUGGUGACUGUCGGAUGAAGAAAAAGGGUCUAGUAAAAACAGUUCAGGGAUUCCUGGCUCAGUGUGACAAGAUUGAAGCAGGGAUUCUAGACCACUUGGCUAAGAUCCAGUCUAAGAACCUGGCCCUGGCAGAUUCUUAGAUCUACUAGUUCACAGAGAUCUACUGGGUCACCAUCUGGGAUCUGCUGUCAUGUCCAUCUCCACGCUGCUCCACAUCUGUCUCUGUCCCUGGUCUCCACGCUGCUCCACAUCUCUGCCCUGGU